UGAUUGGUGGGUUCGAGGGCCUGCGUGCCCCUCGACGUGAGCAGUGAUUGGCGGUGCCGGAUGACAGAUCAUCCUCCUGGCCACUCAGUGGCAGGGGACUCGCUACUUCCGGGUCGGGGCGUCUGGCGUGGAGAGUUUGGGGAUCUACAGCAACCAAAGGCUUUUCCCUGACUUCAUGUGACUGCGGCCGGCGAGCGAGUGAGUCGUGCGUGAGGAAAAAGAGGCAAGGCUUUUCCGAGAUCGUCUCAGCGAUGGCGCUUCGGUCGCGGUUCUGGGGGUUCUCCGUUUGCAGGAACCCUGGGUGCAGGUUCGCAGCCCUCUCAACCAGCUCCAAGCCGGCGGCGAAACCUGAAGUGCACCCUGUGGAAAAUGAAGCUGUCGCCCCAGAGUUCACCAAUCGGAACCCCCGGAACCUGGAGCUUCUAUCUGUAGCCAGGAAAGAGCGGGGCUGGCGGACGGUGUGGCCCUCCCGUGAGUUCUGGCACAGGUUGCGAGUUAUAAGGACUCAGCAUCAUGUAGAAGCACUUGUGGAGCAUCAGAAUGGCAAGGUUGUGGUUUCGGCAUCCACUCGUGAAUGGGCUAUUAAAAAGCACCUUUAUAGUACCAGAAAUGUGGUGGCUUGUGAGAGUAUAGGACGAGUACUGGCACAGAGAUGCUUAGAGGCAGGAAUCAACUUCAUGGUCUACCAACCAACCCCGUGGGAGGCAGCCUCAGACUCGAUGAAACAACUACAAAGUGCCAUGACAGAAGGUGGUGUGGUUCUACGGGAACCUCGGAGAGUCUAUGAAUAAAUGGAAGCAUUAAUUGUUUUGAACAUGUAAAUAUAAAACUGUCAGCCACUACAGCCAUCAAAAGAGAGCAUCUGGAAGAACAGCCAGCUUGGAAGUUUUACAGCAAUAAUGUUGCAGUGGAAUAUUAUUUGUAGUUAAGGUCAUCCUCCUCCCCUUUGUGUUUUUUUAAAUCAAGAACUACAUUCUGCCCCUGUCUUGGGCUUCAGAAGCAUCUAAGAAAAGCAGUCGUCAAUUAUAAUUAACUUUCAAAGGGCAAGUCAGAAGUUGUUUAUAAAUUACAAAAUAAAGGCAUGUUAUGAACUCUUA